GUAUCAGUUCAGUGUUCAUCUUGGCUGCUUUGAUUGAGUCAUUUAUUAUUCGUUUCAUGUAAUCAGCAUUAUUUUGUACUCAUCGUGCUACUCUAGCUUAUGUUUCAUUCUUAAAAAUAAUUUUUGUUAUUGGGCUCUAGUGCAAAGUGACAAUUUACAAAUGUAUGGAUAAAAUUAUCUUCUCAUGUUCAGAGUUCAAGUUCUUAAAAAAACUGUAUGCAGUUGAACCGGGUUAGGUUGGCUCAACAGUUUGUUGCAUGAAACCAAUAGCUUCCGGAACAAGCGAAUCUGUGAACGUGUGUUUGGUUGGUGAACAGUGCAGAAUUUUUCAAGAACUGUUUCCGUUCUGUCUGUCUGCCAAUUUCUGCCAAUGUGCCAAAUCUGCUGCUGUGUCAUGGAUAUUACAUAAGCUAUAUGCUUUAAUGCAUUAACGCCUCACAGUUAAAGGCAAGUCAAUGCCAAUAAUAGUCAUAUGUUGGCGAAACAGAGCUUGAGAUUUGUACUAUAGCUCAACUAGUCCAACCAAACGUGCAUGAUUUAUGUGGUCACUGACUAUUUGAGUGUGUGAACUGAGAUUAUCCAGUGACUCUAGAAGCACUGCUUGUUCACACUCAAGAUAUCUGAAUCGCUACACAAAUUAGUGCUGUACACAACGUAGUACUUAUUGUUAAUUACUAUUGAUUUGGUCCGUUUGUUUAAGCGACUGAAUUAUGAAAGUAGGUCUCAUUUCUGGUUCUCUGUGAAGUGAUUGUCCAUUAUUCUAUCAGAAAGUUAAAUAUUGUUACAAUGAGACAAAUCCUGCCUUAUUAUGCUCUCAUUAAUCUUUGGUCGACAGAGAAUAAACGGUGACGAACAACGGUGUAUUUGUGCUCCUAUAUAAGUGGUUAAAAAUUGAAUGCUAUAUGUUUUUGUGAAUUUGUGUAAUUUUGUUAGUUUUAUAAAAUUAUCAUGCGUCAAAGAGCUGGCUGAAAUUCACGAAAUCUCCGAGAUGAGUUCCAACGUAAGUUUCGCUUUAAAUCUCCAGUCGGAGGCUGGACAGAAAGCAAUCAUUGCGCGAUUGGAAAGUGAACUUCGUGUUUUGGAGAAUCUCAAGAAAUUCUUGCAAACCCAAAUCCGUUCUGCGAGAGAUUAUUCGCAACUUCUUGGAAAUGCUUCUUCAACGGCAAUGAAAAACUUGACUGAUGGGAAUCCAACCAGCAAUGGCAGCACCUCAAAUUUUUACACCAGUGCAGAUAGUGUGGUUAACAAGGUGUGUCUCCACAUUUUAGAAGAGGCUCAAUCCGCUGCGACCACAGUGAAAGAAAAUGCAGAAUUCUUGCAAUCAACUACACUGAUCCAAUUAAAUGAGCUUAUUCAGGACAAGAAAGCAUUACUCAAAUUGUCCCAAGAUGAUUUCAAUAAAAUCAAAGGGAAACUAGAGCAGUUUACGGAAUCGGUCUCAAAACACCGGAGUGAAUAUUUAAAAAAUUUUCAAUCCUAUGAAACUGCUCGAACCAAAUAUGAGGAGCACUGUUCGAAAGGCAGAGGAGGAAGACGGUCUGAUGACACCAGGGAAAAAUUUUAUCGAGCCAGGAAACGCUUAAACAUUUCACACGCAGAGUACAUUUUGGCCAUUCACGAAGCUAUCGAGUAUGACCGAGAUUAUAGGACAAUGCUACUUCCAGGUCUACUCCAAAUUGAGCAAACUUGGUGUGAGAAGCAGGUUGGAAAGUGGCGUGAUAUUUUGGAUCACAUCUGGAACAAUGGUCUUUCGUCGCAACAAUCCUCGUCCCAAGGAACACUGAAGGACUUUGAAUUUUCCAAAGAGUACCUCGAACUAAUUUCCAAGCACAAGUCAAAACCCUUGCAGCCAAAAGAUUACAAGUUUGAUCCAGUGAAUUUUGACAGCGUCCCAACAUCCCAGCCAACAAUUAUCGUAGACUCGAGUACGGUAGAGCAUCUUAAAACUCGCUUAAACGACGUCGACAAGCGUUUAAAAGCUAGUGAGGCACACUUGAAAGAGAAGGAGGAUGAACUCGCAAAACUGAAACCUUCCAUGCAAACAGAUCUGAAAGGUGCAGAACUUUGUCAGGCGAGAUGUGAAACGGAAAGACACCGAAGCCUCUUGAAUUUCAUUGAUGUUCAAUUUAAAGGCCGAGCUGCAGACAACAUUUCCCAAUUAGAUGAGACAAUAUCUUUAAUUAGUGAACAAUCUCUCAAAAAAUCAGCAACCAGUAGGAUUGCCACUUUGCUAAGAAAUGUUCGAGGAAAAAAAUCAGUUUCAUUUGACGAGGAAGCUUCCGUUAUUAAUCUCAAAUCGGAUCAGACUGAUGCUGUGUCCAUUACCACACUGGAUAAGAACAUGGCUUCACUUUUAGAGGAAGAUUGGUUUCAUGGGGUGUUGCCCAGAGAAGAUGUCGUUCGCCUGCUUAAAAAAGAUGGGGAUUUCUUGGUCAGAGAAACAAUGAAGAAUGAGGAGAGGCAAAUUGUUUUAUCUGUAUUUUGGAGUGGGCCUAAACAUUUUAUCGUACAAACGACCGCUGACGGGCAAUUUAGAUUUGAAGGUCCACUGUUCCCAACAGUAAAAGAGUUAAUUGACCACUACAUAGGAGUGAAAAUGCCCGUGACCAAUAGAUCUGGAACUGUGAUAAAAAAACCAGUAAAGAGAGAAAAUUGGGAGUUAAAUAAUGACGAUGUUGAACUGAUUGAAAAAAUCGGAAGGGGCAACUUUGGGGACGUGUUCAAGGCUUCAUUAAAUGGGACUCUGGUGGCUGUAAAAACAUGUAAAGUUAACCUCCCGGACGAACAAAAGAAGAAGUUUCUGCAAGAAGGUCGAAUCCUAAAACAGUACAGCCAUCAAAACAUUGUCUCCUUUGUCGGGAUUUGUGUUCAGAAACAACCAAUAAUGAUUGUGAUGGAACUUGUACCUGGAGGUUCACUACUCACCCAUUUGAAAGGAAAGGGAGCUGUUUUGACUACUCGACAGCUAACAAAAAUGUGUUUGGAUGCGUGUGGAGGAAUGCGAUAUCUGGAAGAGAAGGGCUGCAUACACCGUGAUCUGGCUGCCAGAAAUUGUCUACUUGACAAUCUUGGGGCAGUCAAGAUAUCAGAUUUUGGAAUGUCAAGGGAAGAACAUGAAUAUGUAGUCAGUGAUGGGCUCAAACAAAUUCCUAUAAAAUGGACAUCGCCUGAAGCUCUAAACUAUGGGAAGUAUACAGCUCUUAGUGAUGUUUGGUCGUAUGGUAUUUUGGCGUGGGAAGUAUUUAGCCGAGGACAAACCCCAUACGCUGGGAUGAGCAAUUCGAAAGCAAGGGAAAUGAUUGAAGCGCAAUAUAGGAUGCCAGCACCAGAACAUACACCAGACGUAAUGUAUCAAUUAAUGACACGAUGCUGGCAAUACGAACCAGAACAACGACCAAGGUUUUCAGAGAUUUAUCCGGAAGUAGAAGCUUUUUUAAAUUCUGAUUUAAUUUAAGCUUGAUAAAAAGAUAUAUACAAAAAAUCUCCAUAAUAAUGUGCCAUUGUAACGUUCCACAAAUGUGUGUUAAAUUAAAUCGAAUAAAAUAAAAUAUUAGACCUUCA